UUCUGCAGAUUGAGCUUCAGAACGUGAAGAGGGGAGUAGGUGAAGUACGAAUUUUGUUGGAAGGAAGUCAAAUUGAAAUUGAUGUCAUUCAAAAAUAAGGCCCUUUGGGCUGAAAAGGACAAUGGAGGUUUACCUGAUGAUCAGGUAGCCUAUGACAAUCCUUCCAAAAUAGAAUCCAAGCGCCAAUAUAAUUGGCUUUUCGAUCCUACGGAAGCGGAUCUCUUUCCAAGUAAGAAGCAGACUAUAGAUACAACAGACAGCAGAUUGUAUCCAGGAGUUUUGACUGCAAAUGUUCCUCCUUGGGAAAAUGGUACCAAUUUUGAACCAGGAACUGGCCAGCAAUUCAAUGACCGAGUGUUUGGUUCGGAACCUGCUAGGGAUGUCAGCUUUGAUGAAAGCAAUGUGCAUUCAACUGGUUCAGAUAACCUAAAUAUGGGAAGAAGUGUGGAGGAUCCAUUCAGAAAUGAUGCUUCUGUUGCUUUGUCCAUGUCCCAGGAUUAUAAUGCUUCUUCACUUAACUAUGGUGGAAUUAGAAGAGUUAAAAUUAACCAGGUACGAGACUCAGAAAGUGGUGUUUCUAUCUCCAUGGGACACAACUACCAGGUCAAUGAAUCUGGCGAUGGGAUGCCCUUAUCAAUGGUUCAUGCCUAUCUUCACAAGGAUGAUAGCAUCUCUGUGCCUCCACCUGAGAGUUAUCAGACGAAGGAGUCCACCAAUGAUAUUCCUAUAUCCAUGUACCAUUCGAUGUCUCACUAAAUACAUGAUACUAGUGGAGUGUGGAACAAGAGACGCAGAUGCCAAGAAUGAGAUGAUGUUGAGAUGACAUUGCAGCUAUUGAAUGAAUAUGAUG